AACCCUGACUGUCGCGUCAUUGUAUUUAAAGCGGGAACUAACUGCUCAGUGAGAUAAUAAGUUUAGAAACACUAAGAUUGAUGUAAAUAGCUAAUAACAAUGCUAGUGGACUGCAUUUAACCGUGUUGUGGGUGCGAAUUCAUGAGUGGGAAAUUCUUCAAAAUAUCGACGACACUGACCGCAGGAAAAAGAGACUUCAAAGGUAGUCAUUUUAAAUGGGCGUUUUUAGACGUUAUUGUUUACAAACAUUGCCUUCCAUUCACGCGGUUACUUGUUGGUUAUUUGAAGAAUUUCCCUUCAAUAGUUACGUUGUUUGUGGUAGACGACGUGAGGGGAGCACUAUUUGACAGUCUCAAUGACGGAGAAUAGGAUGAAGCCGAAGCUGCACAAGAAGAUCGAUGGACACAGAAAUGAUGGAAAAUGUGGUGAUGAGUCAACAGUCUCUCGAACUUUCUUACGAUUGCUGGCUUCUGCUCAACUUAAACCUUUAGAUGGGAAGUUGAUAUAUCUUGACCUGCCAUCAAACGGACUUACCAAGACUUUGGAGAGAGAUAUAAUCCAUCUUGGAGGGACUGUCGAGAAGUUUUUCAGCAAAGAAAUCAAAUAUCUUGUCACCAACAAGAGGGAGGCUAAAUAUGUCGGUGGCAUCAAGCACCAUUCUCCUGUGCCCAGCCCAGAACCAGGCUCACCAGGAACAAACCCAGCAAAGAGAUGUGCAGACAGUGUCAAAAGCCAAACACAAGCUGGCGCAAGUGUAGCAAGCCGCGGGAAGUCUUUGGUGGAGCGAGUGGUGAAGGAGAAGGAACGACUACAAAUGAACAAAAUCCUGGUGAAUGCUCUGGAGUGGGGUGUAAAAAUCCUCUACGUAGAUGAUUUCAUCAAGUACAUUGAGAGGAAGAAAAAGGGCAUCAUCAACCAGUCCUCUGUGGCUGCAAGCAGACCGAGUGUGAAAACAGGACCUGCAGCAAAUCCUAGUGCACACAAAUGCAAUGGCGAAAGAAUCAGUAAACCUUUUGUCAAAGUUGAAGAUACCAGCAGACUUUAUCGUCCCAUCUAUUUGACGAUACUGAAAAUGCCCGAGUUGAACCGAGACAUCGCCCCUCCUGUUACUCCCGUUAACAAGACGAAGGAAAGUCCUGGAAACAGAAACAGCGAGGGGAAAACGCACGCUCAGAGGAAAUGGAGAGACAGGAAUAGGGCCGGUUGGUGCGAAUGCUGCAUGACCAAAUAUGAAAACCUGGCAACGCAUCUACAGAGUGAACGUCACAAGGAUUUUUCCAAAAGCGACAACUACUUGGUGGUUGACAAACUAAUUUCAGCCAUGCACUGCUGCUUUCUUGACCUGAGAAGUGACGUGAAAAGAUCAAAGUGCAACAUAGUGCCUGGACUGAAGCAGGGAGCUCAUGUCAAUACAAGGAAGGAUCGGCUGGCAGACAGUUGCUCACAAGCUUCUCAUGGUUGCUCUUUGGGCAAGAAAACUGUGUCUCUAUCUGAUGAGAGUCAUAGACAAGAGGACAAGUGGAUUAUCCCGUGUUCACUUUUGAUGCGCAGAACCUAUGAACGCAAAAGACAACACACACCUGUGCCAACAUGUACUCAAAGGUCAAUCGAGAUUAACUGUCAAAAGGGAGAAAUACCGCCCUCUGGAGGAGAGCAUCAUAGCAGCGUGCCUUCUGGGGUUGCUCUGGUUGGCUCAUGUGGACCGUCAUCUAACCCGGGUAUUACCACCUCAUCCUUGCACAACAUCAAAAUUGGAAGUUGCUUGGCAGAUCCUGAGCAGAGUGGACACACUACUCCCAAGAAAACAACUGGACCUGGUCACUCAGAGAGAGAAGAGGACCCUCGCACAGUGACUAGCUCUCCAUCCCCAAAAAUUGUGAGAAAGGUCCGACCUCCUAAACUUAGACGGAAAGAGACACCCUUUGUUGGGCAUAAACACCUACGGUCAAGUCUAGAUCCGAUACGGCGCCUUUGGGAGAUUUUUCAGUCAAGUGAUGACAUGGAUGUGGAAUUCAUGGGAUUUGAGGAUUAAUACGUUCUGCCCAAAGAGAAGUGCGAUUGAUUUAGGGAAUAGUUGUCGCUCAGGAAUAUAAAAGCCUGAAGAAAAUGUUUACCCUUUGGUAACUGUACAUCUACUGUGACAUGAGCGUCUUCCCUGAGCCUUUAAUUUAAGAAUCUAUAGCAUUUAUAUCUGUCCAGCACAAUGACAGUUUGUCAUCGUUGAGAGAUUGGAUCUUGAAAGCUUUUGGAAUACAUUGAAUGUAGAAGUACAUUGAAUACAAGUCAUUCUCAGUCUCAGAUUUCUGGCACACCUGUGUCAAAUCAAACUAUUC